CUAAGAUCCAUGAAUAAUACUCAUAACACCUAUUCCACUGACCUCCAUUCCUAUUUUGGGAAUUAUCAGAACUCUGAGAACCCAAUGAGGACUACUAAGCAUGAUGGUGCUGAACAAUGUGAGCAUACUGGAAGCAUAUUUCAUUCAUUUGAUUGGCAAAAAUACAGUACUAAUAUUGAAAGCGAGUACAACACUCGGGUGAAUUCUUUCAGCACCUUCUCAGGCAUUCAGAAUUGUGUAGAACCGAUUGAAAUCUUCACUUUGGCACCACAACCAAUUAUUCUAAACCAGCCAUUACUCUUAUGGAAGCCUUACUGCUAUGUGAGCAAGCCACAGAUUACAUUACCCCUUCCUGACAUUUCAGAGGUUCCUCCAGUCGAACCCAAGUGAGAUUUCAGGAAAAUAGAAGUCCCAGUUAAAGAAAACUUCAAACUCAUCGGUUUCCAAAGUAGUAGUAAUGAGAGAGAAAGCAUAACAAAAGCUAUAAAAGAGAAUUUGGAUGACUAUAGUAAGAACAGAAAGGGCAUUGAAAAAAAACUAGCCAGCCUCAAGGCCUCUGCAAUUAAUUCUGAAGGAAUUUUUGAGCAGACUCUUCCUAAGAGGAAACAAUUUGAAAGUACAAAACCUCCUAAGUCCAGAGGAUCUUGUUACAGAGGAGUUUCGAAAAAUGGAACUAAGCAUCAGGUUUUCAUCAUGAUUAACAAAAAGAAGAGAUUCAUUGGUGUCUACAAGGAAGAACAAGAGGCUGCUAGAGUCUAUGAUAAACUAGCUAUCAUCUUCCAUGGUCAUAAAGCAAAGACAAAUUACUCAUACAAAGUCAGUGAGGUGGAACAAAUCCUAGCUGAAGCAGACUCCCUGAAAGGGGAGAUGAUUGAAGUCUAAGUUACCAUCUGACUCAAAUUCCCUAGCCUGGAGAAGGCAACUGAUAUAAACUUAAAUUUUGAAUAAUAUUUCCUCAAAAAAUAUGUUC